AUGUUCGAACCGAGCAAUUCCGCUGCCUUCUUGGUGGCUGCAAAUCAGCGCCCUCUCGCAGUCAAGCCAGCCCUCUACCCUACCGCUCGCCCAUACGAUGUCAUCGUCCGGAACAAGGCUGUUGCGAUCAACCCCGUCGAACGCGCCAAGCAAGAAAUGGGUGACAUGAUGUUCCCAUGGUUGAAGUACCCCAUCAUUUUGGGCAACGACGUUGCCGGUGAGGUGGUCGAAGUGGGCUCAUGCGUUGACCGGUUCAAGCCCGGGGAUCGAGUGGUCGGCCAUGCCAUGGGCAUGAGCAAGGAGAGCAACAAUCCUGCCGAAGGGGCUUUCCAGAACUUCACCGUCUUAUUCGAGCAUAUGACAAGCCCUAUUCCUGACAGUGUCACCUUCGAGCAGGCCGCUGUCAUGCCUUUGGCGGUGUCCACCGCUGCCUGCGGUUUCUACCAGGACGACCAGCUGAAACUCGAGCUACCCACUACCGAUACCACCCCUGGCUCCCGCGGAGAAAUCCUCAUCGUCUGGGGCGGUGCUACCAGCGUGGGCUGCAAUGCCAUCCAACUUGGUGUUGCAUCCGGUUACACAGUCUUCACCACCUGCUCGCCUCGCAACUCCGACCUGAUGUACAAGCUCGGCGCCUCCGAAGUCUUCGACUACAACGAUCCCAACAUCAAGCACACCCUCCUCAAAGCCAUCAACGACCGACCCAUUGCCGGCGGCCUAUCUCUCGGCCGCGGCGGCGCCGAGACGAUGAUGGACGUCUUCCCCAAGUGCAAAGGCAACAAGUUCAUCGCCUGCGGCAACUACCCCGAACCACACCCCGCCCCCAAGAACAUGGUCAUGCUCCGGAUCAUCUGCAAGUUCCUCUCGUGGCAAAUCUCCAUGUGGUGGAAGGGCAUGACUCGCGGCAUCGGGUGGAAGUUCAUCUUCGCUGAUACCCUUACCAAUAACGGUGUUGGAAAGGCGGUGUAUACUGACUACCUCCCCAAGGCCUUGGCGGACAAGUCUUACGUGCCUGCACCGGAGCCUAUUGUUUUUGGGCAUGGGCUUGAUGUCAUCCAGGAGGCUUUUGAUUAUCAGGCUAGGGGUGUGUCGGCGAAGAAGGUGGUUGUUACUUUGUGA